CUAGAACGUAAGAGAUAUGAUUGAUGAUGAAGCCUUGGGAGUCCUUGCCAAUUUUCUCGGCAUCUUGAUUUUUGCUUUGGUUAUAGCUUAUCACUUAGUCACAGCAGACCCCAAAUAUGAAGCCAGCUAAGAUACAUACUUUGAAUUUUAUCUUUGAUAUGUAUUCAGUUUUGCUGAUUGACAGGUUCUGUGUAUGACUUUUUGAUGAAACUAGAAUUUGAUUGAGGCUUAUUAUACCGGCUGAAUCUUCAAUACUUUGGAGUCGAAUCUUAAUCAUGUUUUUGUAUAUCUAGAUUAGCUAUGGAUGCUUAAUGGUACAAUGUGCACGGAAUUGUUUGAAUUAACUAAUUGAGAAUGUGAAUUGUUGAUUGACCCUUAUUAAACAUUUCCCUUGUACACCAAAUUUGUAGAGGAAAAAUAAGUGGUACUUUAAUGCGACAGAACAGACAUUUUACUAGAAAGCAAAUGGGAAAAAUGAUAUUUUACGAUGCUCCAUUACAUGGUGCUACUUGGCAUGGUUCACCGAAUCAAUGUACAGCAAACUAAGUAACUAAACAUGGUGGGAAUUGAAAGCUAGUGCUGUGGUGUGAACCUUUGUUUUACUGCAGAAUUGCACAUAAGCAAUAUUAAUUACGCUAUAUGUAUCUGCUCUGGAGCAUGUAUAUGUUGUCGCAAAUUAAUUAUGGAACUACCUAGUCAAGGAUUGGUAAUUGUGGGAGGAACUGGUAGAGAAGGGUGGAAGUGUGGGAAUGAAGGGUGAAGGCAACCUAUACUCUGGCCAGUCAGCUAUUGGGGGAAUGAAGAUAAAUCACGUGGACAGGAGAAUUCCCCAUGUUGGGCAAUGUUGAUGCCACAAAAUUUCUUGGUAUGGAGAUAUUUCCAAGGAUAGUUUGCGAAUGUCUGAGUUGUUUGUGGGGAGGGGAGGGACUUCUUGUUAGAGAGCAAGUAGUAGUAAAAGGUUCUAUAUUGGAUAGAAUGUACAAAUUGUUCAACAUGCAUAGCUUAUAGCAUUUUCGGACUUCAGUUUUCAAGAGUUGAAUGUAACUUUGUAGAAACAUCUUUAAACUCAAUGUAGUUCGGAGGAUGCAGAAUGCUUUCCAGAACAUAGGUUUAUAGUACGUUUGCUUCCGUGGUGGAGAUGUGAAUUUUCGUAUCUAAUAAUUGGAAGUCAGUAGCUUAAGCCUCUGCAUUUUUUCAACAGAA